GCCUAUGAACUGCAUCAGGAGACCGAGAAGCCCACCAGCCCAGGCGUUCAAAGUGUGGAAAUUGACGUUUUCCCUGAAGAUGAUGCUCAUUUGACCUUACAGAAUCCCCAAAAGAAAUCUGAUGCUACCAGUGUGCUCUCAGAAUGCAGCACCAUUGAUCCACAGAAUACCUUUGGAUGGUUACCUGAAAUGGUUCCCAAAAAGGAACCAGAGAGAUGUUUGCCCAAAGGCCUCUGUUGCUGCUUCCCAUGCUGUAGCAUGGACAAGAGAAAGUCCCCCUGGGUCAUUUGGUGGAAUCUGCGGAAAACCUGCUACCAAAUAGUGAAACACAGCUGGUUUGAGAGCUUUAUUAUCUUUGUGAUACUGCUGAGCAGUGGGGCACUGGUAUUUGAAGAUGUUUACCUUGCUGAACAACCCAAUAUUCAAGCAUUACUAAAUUGCACUGACAUUAUUUUCACAUAUAUUUUUAUCCUGGAGAUGGGUCUGAAAUGGGUGGCCUUUGGAUUUCGGAAGUAUUUCACCAGUGCCUGGUGCUGGCUUGAUUUCAUCAUUGUCAUUGUCUCUGUGACCAGUCUCACUGACUUAAAAAACCUGAAGUCCUUCCGAACCCUACGAGCACUGAGGCCUCUUCGAGCACUGUCUCAGUUUGAAGGAAUGAAGGUGGUGGUCAAUGCUCUCAUAGGUGCCAUACCUGCCAUUCUGAAUGUUUUGCUUGUCUGCCUCAUUUUCUGGCUCAUAUUUUGUAUCCUGGGAGUAAAUUUUUUCUCUGGAAAAUUUGAAAGAUGCAUCAAUGGAACAGAUACAAACUCAGUUAUAAAUUAUACCAUCGUUGCAAACCGAAGCCAAUGUGAAAGUGGGAAUUUCUCCUGGGUCAAAAUGAAGGUCAACUUUGACAAUGUGGGGAAGGCUUACCUCGCUCUCUUGCAGGUGGCAACAUUUAAGGGCUGGAUGGAUAUUAUGUAUGCAGCUGUCGAUUCUAGAGGGGUGAAAAAUCAGCCGGGGUUUGAGGAGAGUCGAAGCAUGUACCUUUACUUCAUCAUUUUUAUCAUCUUUGGCUCAUUCUUCACUCUGAAUCUCUUUAUUGGUGUUAUUAUUGACAACUUCAACCAACAACAGAAAAAGAUAA